AUGUCAACUUAAUAUAGAAUACUAUCUAACGAUAAUUAUAUUCGAGAUUUAGAAAGCAUUUCUCAAAGGUAACUUUGAAAUCAUAAUGAAAAGAGAGUGUCAUGAAUUAUUUAAUCAACCUCCUCCAUUGUUAUUAGGAGAUUAAUAUAAUGAUGCAAUCAAAAGUAAGGAAUUAAUUUAUUUCAAUUUAGGUAAAGGCAAAGAAAAAGGCAUAUUAGUAAAUAAAGAAAUUAAAAAAAAACAUGAACCUGCUUUAUUUUAAGAACCAGGUUAUACAACAUUAAAUGAUCCAUAUAAAGAUUAAUUCAAAGCAAAACAAAUUUAUUAUAAAGAAAGAGAAUUAGUAAUUAAAAACCAAAAUUGUUUCAAUCCAAAUGAUCAAAUUAAAUCAAUGUAAAUUUAUUUACUAAUAAUCAAAGUAAGCAUUCUGAAUUUGAACACAUGAAAGAAUUUAAUGAUAAAAUAUAUACAAUCAAAAUGAUUUCAGAAUUAAGUUUUAUCUAAGAAUAAUAAUAAGAAUAAAAAAUUAGAAAAAGAGAGAAAAAAAUAAGUCAAUUAUUUAAAUGA